GAGAACAUACAGUAUUUCGUUUUCUAGUCCUGUGUUAGACUGCUUAGGAUAAUGGCCUUUAGCUCCAUCCGCUGCUGCAAAGGACUAAUAUGGGGGCCUUUAAAGGGAUGGGUGACAGCAGGUUGGCAGACCCAUGAGUAAAUCAUUGCAACUGUCUCGAGUGUGAUGUCCCAAACUAGGUGCCAGAAAGGGAAAAGGUAAGAUUCAGAUAUUUAGGGUCAGGAUUUUAAAAUGUGUCCGAAUUUUUAAGAUUUUGUGGAUAUGACAAUGCUGCAUCAAAUGACUUUGGAACCUAUUGGAAAUUUAAGAGGAAAGAUGAAUAUUAACGUGUUAUGUGUCUGUGGAACAUUUGGGUAAAGAUGUCGAAGCAGACUUGUAUAUUUAACAUCAGGAGCUCAGGUGAUAGUGUAGAGGAAGUAAUGACUGAUACUGUAAAUCUUCUAGAACGAAAUGGUGUACGGAGAAAAGGAUUCACGAGGGGUUAAAGGGCGGACAAGACAGUGAAUAAAGUGGUUGGGCCCAGUGGUGAGGGGCCUUGCUCUGCACCAGCCGGCUCUGACUUCCUUCUAAAGGAGACUGAAAUGGCCUGGCAAGUGCUUGCAGCAGACACUCCAGGCUCGCUAAGCAUGCAUGCCUCCAAAGCUGGCCUCCCGCCACUCCCAGCAGAGGCCCCAACUGAAUGGGUCACUCAAGGCGGCACGCACAGGCUGGAAAAAGGCAUGAAAGGCCGCGGGAGGAUCACGCCUGCGCGGUAGUGGGCCGGCGGUUGGGCGCAGACGGGCACCGGAAGAUGGAGAGAUGGAGCCACCCCUGGAGACAAAUAGGCCUUUCUACACGUUGGAUAACCGCGACGGGCGAGUCCAAACCCUGUCCCCCACCCCUCUAUUGCAGAGGAAUCCCUACAGCAAGUCGGAUAUGAUGAACAUCAGAGGGUCGCAGAUUUCUUCGGUUCGUAAUAUCUCGGACCAGGGCAGGAUGGCUCUGCCUAAAGACAAGAACCAGGAGAGCACCGGGAACCGGCUGCUGAAUAUGCUGAGAAAAACUCUUCAAGGAUCUGAUACUGAAGAACCAGAAACAACACAGGAGACGCCAAAUUUGGUACCAUUUGGUGAUGUGGUUGGCUGCCUGGGUAUUCAUAUAAAGAAUUGCAGACAUUUUACACCUAAGAUUGUUGUUCAACACUAUGAUUAUUUAUUUAUUUGCAUCUCUGUAAAUGAAGUUGUGAAAUGUACAAAAAUGUGUCGCUUGCUAUCCGACGACAGUGAGAAGAACACUGCAAUUACAUUUGAUGAAGUAAAGUAUUUUUCUGUACAGGUUCCCAGACGUUAUGAUGAUGAGCGGAAUAAUAUUUUAUUGGAACUGAUGCAAUAUGACAAUAUAAAAAAAAGUGCAUUCUCGUUAGGGAGUGUUCAGAUACAUCUUUAUGAAGUAAUUCAGAAAGGGUGCUUCAUUGAAGACGUUCAAAUGUUGCAUAGAAACACAUUUGUCUGCAGGCUGGAGGUGGAAUUUAUGUUCUCCUAUGGAAACUUUGGUUAUGGAUUUUCACAUCAGUUAAAACCUCUUCAGAAAAUUAUUGAACCAUCCAUGUUUAUGAAUAUUGCACCACCUCCAGAAAGAACAGACCCCGUGACACAUGUUAUUAAGCCACAGGCAAUAGAAUAUCCAGCAUUCUUAUCCCCAGAUCUGAAUGUUACUAUUGGGACUCCAGCUGGGCAACCCUCCGACCAGCCAUCUGUAGUGCGACUUGAAAAACUUCAACAACCACCCCGGGAAAGGCUGGAAAAUAUGAAAAAAGAAUAUAGAAAUCUGAAUACAUGGAUAGACAAAGCUAACUAUUUAGAAAGCAUUCUAAUGCCAAAAUUGGAACCUAAGGAUCCUGAGGAAACUAAUAUGGAUGAGGCAUCUGAAAGCACAGAAAGUAAUCCAUCUGAAGAGGAACUUGAAAAUGUUAUAGCAGUAGAUUUCCCUCUUGCAAAUGAGGAAGAUGAAGCUACUUCAAAUGAGUUACUGGAUAAUGAUUAUGAGACAGACCUGACUAUGCCAACUUUGAACCAAUCGGACCAAGAUAAUUCAACUUCUGAUGCUGCUAACAGUGAUGAAUCAACACCUCCACUCACAGAAGUGCACCCAUUGUGCACCAUUUCUAGCCAGGAAAUAGUAAAAGCAGGCAAAAUACCACCUUUAGACGAACAUCAAUCAGAAUGCAUUCCAGACAGAAAAAUGGAAAAUAUCUUAUUUCCACCAGAAGUAAAAUUAAAAGAUAACCAUUCAGGCAUUUUAAAAGCAGACUCAUCACUAUCAAAGGUAAAUUUGAGAAGUAUAUGUACAAAUCCAGAGAGAAGGAACUUAAAUUCAUCUCUAACAGAAAUUAGCUGCUAAAACAACAAUCUGAACUUAGCUGAAAGGGAGAACACAAGCUUAGUUUUCCCAGAAUCAAAAUUAUAAGGUUGCUUUCAAAGCCAGGACCCAAAAGAAGACCUUGAGCUCAAGGUGCCUGCCCUUAUACUAGAAAUAUAAGACUAGGGAUACAAAAUAAUCUAUUUUUAAAAAUUAAAUACAAAUAAAUUGAAAAUGCAUUCAAAU